AAUACGUCAAAAACAUUCUCUCUUCUCCCUCCUCUCAUUAUAAAAAUACCAAACUCUCAGAGAUUCACUCGAACCGGAUCCAAUUACGACGUCGGAUCAUUGAUCGUAAUUCUGUAUGGGUUGCGUUAACUCGAAGCAAACGGUGUCCGUGACGCCAGCGAUCGAUCAUCAUCAUCACUCAGGAGCAUUCAAGGAGAAUAAGAAUGAGUGUUCCGGAUCGGGUCGGGUCGAGGAUGAUCCGCCUCGUCCGAUUCUGAAGAAGCUGGCGUCGUGGAGGAGUAGGAGCUGGAAGAGGAGGAGCCAGAGGAGGAGUGAGGUUGGGAGCAGGAGCGAGUUGGAUGACUCGGGACGUGCUAGCGACUCGCUGAGUUUUCGUCUCGGGAGUAUUAGCAAAUACAUUGAGGCCGAGCAGGUCGCUGCGGGUUGGCCUGCGUGGCUGAGUAAUGUUGCUGGUGAAGCUAUCCAUGGUUGGGUCCCACUUCGAUCUGAUGCUUUCGAAAAGCUUGAGAAGAUUGGACAAGGUACUUAUAGUAGCGUGUUCCGUGCAGUAGAGACUGAAACUGGGAGGAUUGUAGCACUGAAGAAGGUGAGGUUCGACAAUUUCGAGCCAGAGAGUGUUAAGUUUAUGGCAAGAGAGAUUUUGAUACUUAGAAAACUCAAUCAUCCCAACGUUAUUAAACUGGAAGGUUUGAUUACUUCCAAACUAUCUUGCACCAUACAACUCGUGUUUGAGUAUAUGGAGCAUGAUCUCACUGGUCUUCUUGCUUCCCCUGACAUCAAAUUCACUACGCCGCAGAUUAAGUGCUAUAUGAAGCAGCUUUUGUCUGGGCUCGAACAUUGUCAUUCUCGAGGUGUGAUGCAUCGGGACAUAAAGGGUUCGAAUCUUUUGUUGAGUAAUGAAGGAGUACUAAAGGUGGCUGAUUUUGGGUUAGCCAACUUCAGUAAUUCUUCUGGGCACAAGAAGAAGCCUCUUACAAGUCGAGUUGUCACUCUGUGGUAUCGUCCACCUGAACUUUUGCUAGGGGCAACGGACUAUGGAUCAGCUGUUGAUAUGUGGAGUGUUGGUUGUGUUUUCGCUGAGUUGCUUCUUGGGAAACCUAUUCUCCGGGGAAGAACUGAGGUUGAACAGCUCCACAAGAUAUUCAAAUUGUGUGGAUCUCCACCAGCAGAUUACUGGAAAAAAUCCAAACUUCCUCAUGCAAUGCUUUUCAAGCCACAGCAAAACUAUGACAGUUGUCUCCGGGAAACCUUGAAAGAUUUGUCUGAGAUUGAAUUCAAUCUGAUCGAAACUCUUCUUUCUAUAGAUCCCCUAAAACGCGGUACUGCCUCCAGUGCCCUUGCUUCUGAGUAUUUUACUACAGAGCCUUUUGCUUGUGAUCCCUCAAGCUUGCCAGUGUAUCCGCCUAGCAAGGAGAUAGAUACAAAGCAUCGGGGAGAAGCAACAAGGAAAAAAAUUAGCGGGACUGGAAGACGUGGUGUAGAAGUGAGGAAGUCAUCACGGAAGACUCUUUCAUUCAAUAAAUUGGCACCAGCUGAGGAAAGGAUUGGUCAAUUAGUUCCUAUUUCGAUUGAAACUGAUACCAAAUUAUGUGGGAAGCUGCAAACGGUCCCGUUAGAUCACAAAAGAGACGAGGCUUCUUAUGUGAAAAGUGCAUCCCAACGUGAUGUACCUUUCUCAGGGCCCUUACAAGUUUCUAAGUCAAGCAGUUUUGCUUGGGCGAAACGAGAAAAAGAUGAUGCAUCUGUUAGGGUACAUAAUCUAUCUGUUUCAAGAGGUUACGUUCCUAAUACUUCUAGAAGACCUUCUCCCGUCGAAUCUAAGAGAAAUGAGGGUAGAACUGAUGAAGACAAGACAGAUUCUCGAGGCCAGGACUCAUAUGAGAUGGUGAAGCGUUCAAUGCUGAAGCAGUGGAGACAACUUGAACGUCCAGAUCAUUUUGGUGCAUCUGACGAGUAUCACUCACAAGAACUGUCACUGGGACAGAGAGAUAAAAUGGCAACAAAGAUGGGUAAUAAAUUGGUACGUCCAUAGAUUAUAGAAGCUCUAAGAGUACCCUUGUAGUUUCUUUGAUAUAUCUUAAACUCCUUAUAGAAUUUUUCGUUGUUUGCAUUGUUCCCAUGGCCAUUUAGUGCUUUUGAUAGACAUACAAGCGUGCUCUGUGCCAGAUGUUCUUUCAAGUGAAACAAAGAACUUGGCUUCAUUGUUAUGAUUGCUGUAAUACCCAGUGUCAAAACCCAUUCGGUGUAUAUUAGAAAUGAAUUUUAGUGAUUCUAAAGAUAUGAUUCAACUACUGCUGUAACCAGUUUAUAUAUAUAUUUUGGUGAUUAUGAAUUCUUAUAUACAUAUGUAUAUGAAAUUGUGUAAAUGAGAUACGCAGCUAAGAAACGUAGAAAGGAAGGACCAGUU